AUGACGAGCGAGGCGGUGCGCAAAGAAGGGCGCGGUCGGGGCAGUUGGACUGACCAUUCCUCGUAUAUGUCGGGCGACAACCACCUAAAUGGCGCAGCUCGAGUGCACAAACGAGCGAUCGUGGAGGACAUCACCCCUGAGGCGGAAGAGCCCGAUGCGCUCCUGAUGUUGUUCCGACUCUCCAUCCCUGUUCCUAUCUUCUCCUUCAUCGCAUCCCUGUAUACCGUCUUCGGUCUUCUCUUCGUCCUCCUGAUCUCCCCACUUCGCCUCUGUUCCUGCAUUCGAUACCUGCGAAACACGUCUUUCCGAGCCCAAUUAUGCGACCUUUUAGUACCGCAGUUACAUAUCCACGAGCGGUUGGUCUGCCUGCGACGGUCGUCGAAGCGAUCGGCAUCCACGCAACCGAUCUAUGAUCCGGAGGCGUCGUUUUUGGACGAGCCGAUAGAAUCCUACACGAUCGGCGGACUGAUAGCGGUCCUGCUGUUGUCGCCCUUCUUUUCGAUCGCGAUUCUCCUACCUGCCUGGAUCGCAGCAUUCUUCUGGAUCUUCUCCAUGGUGAUGGGCAACCCCGACGGCACGGAGCGGAAAGACGAUGGUCGAGCCGCGGUCCUCGGGGUCAGCAGAUGGUGGCACUUAUGGCUGGGGAAAGCGCGGAAGUCGCCUUCCUAG